AUGAAUGAUACGCUUUCUUGGACAGACCUUUUCAAUUAUUAUUUUGAAGAAAUUAAAAGAGAUCCUGUUGAUUUACUUGGUUCUCCUAUGGAUAGUAUAGAGGAUGAGUUUAGUGAUGAAGAUGACGAACAACAAGAUGAUGAAUAUGAAGAAAUAAGAUCUGAGUGGAUGUUAUUGAUGGAAAUGGGCCCAAAUACAUCCAUUGAUAAUUAUUCAGACUUGGGCUCACAUGAAAUGGAUAGAAACUAUGACUGGGUUGGUGAUUUCAGGCAACGUCAUCCGAAUAUCAACAUUGCAGAUGUAUCUAAUUUCCUACAGCAAGUCUGCAACGAAGACAAUAUAGAUGCUGAAAAUCUAAUUGUCAAUACAGUUGAUUUUCAAACUUUAAAUGAUAAGCAGAGGUUAAUAUUUAAAUGGAUCGAAGGGCAUUAUAUUGCAUCAAUUACAGAUUCUAACAACAUUGAACCUCUAAGAAUUAUUAGCAUGGGAACUGCUGGAACCGAAAAAUUAUACCUGAUUUUAACAAUUUGGCAUAGGCUUCUAGAAAUAACAAAGUACCAUGAUGCCAAUAUUAAAUCACCUAUACUUGUGAUUGCGCCAACAGGGAUUGCAGCAUUCAACAUCCAUAGAACCACUGUCCACUCAGCACUCUCUAUCUCUGUAAAUAGCACUAACUUUGAUAUAAGUGGAGAGUGA